UUUCGGAUGGCCUAGAGUCUCCUUUUCCCAUCGAUAGAAAGACUUGUGUCAACGAUAGGGGAAUGGCCGGUUUAUCGAUUACGAGUUUCAAAGUCCGUCUCGUGUAUGAACCUUUGUGUUUAGAGGCAAAAUGAAUUUUGCGAAAUCUUGGAGCGAAUUUAAAGAAAUACUUCGCAGACACGAAGUAGAAACUGUAACAAAAUAUGUUUACUACUAUGGAAAGUCAUUCGAUAAAGAGAUUGAACUAACUCCAGAUUUACGAUUAAACUGGUUAGAUGAUAUUCCCUAUUUCCACUUUGGGCGAAAAACCUAUGUUUGCCAUCAAGGAAAAGAUCUGAAUAAACGUCAAAAGGAAAAUUAUGCUAAAGAAAAAAAUGAAAAGUGUCAAACUGAUCAUGCUUUUGGUAAAGCAUAUUCCAAGAACCAGACAACUAAAAAAGUUAAUUGUCCAGCUGUAAUUAAUGUUACCCGAAUGUACAGGAUGCCUCAGUUCAAGGUAGUGCCAACCCGAAAAAGAAAGAUUAUGAUAUCUCGGAAAAUUAAGGAAAAACUAGCCAAUAAAGAUAGUAUUGCUGGUGAAGAAGUUUUCAUGUUUAAUUUACCUAAUAGCCAAGAUCAUCAAAAUCAUCUAAUGGGUAACAUGGCUGCAGUAAUAGAACCUAUAGAUGCUAGAGUGCGGCAUUUCAUAGCUUCUAAAGUUAAGAAUGGAAAAUGCAAUGCCACUGUAAUUGCAGAGCUAUUAGAAGUAUACGUUUCAACUGAAUUGGGGAGAAACUGA